AAAUUUGAAAAAAAUAUAAUUAUACAAAAGUAAAUAUGGUUAUUUUAGGAGAAAGAGUGUACAAUCUACGAGUGCUGGUCUUUUUUCUCAAAAAACAAGUGCCAAGAAAGAACACAUAAUUUGUUACUUAUUAUUAGUUAUACCUUUUCAAAACUUUUUUUCACUUAUUCAAAUAAAAAAAUUAUCCAUAUUUAUUUAUCUAAAUAAUUUGUUUACUUUAUUUAUACUUUCUUUUGUAUCCAAAUACAAAUGAAUUUCAAGGAUAAGAGCUCAAGAUAUUUAAGUUGUGUGUCAGAUAUUGAAUGCGAUGAGGCAAAAUUAAAUUACGUGCCAAACCAAGUCUCUUUACCAAAAUACUUGUAAACUUGUGCAUGCGGGAUGAAAGGUUUGGGCGCAAAGUGGAAUUAGAACCGUUUAUUUUUCUUUGGGUCAACGAAUUAGAACCAUCUCGCACAUGCUCAAAGCGGUGGGCAAGUUGACAGAUCCAACAAUUGCACCAGGUUGAGUCAAUUAUGGAGGCUGCUUACAGAUAAAUGUCACGAACCAAAACCUCUAUCAACAAAUCACUUCACACUCUUUUUCUCCUUUAAUUUUUUUUAUUAUUAAAUAAGUUUCAUUACUCAAACCCCCAUUCUUUAAAAGUUAAUUUGUAAGAAAUUAUAUGAAUAAAUUGUAAACUCGAGUUUAUUAACUAUACAAUUAAAAGGUGCACUAAAAUGAAAGUAUCCGAAUCGAGUACUGAAAAGGGGUCCAGAUGCCAUUUAUGUCUAAGCAAACUUGGUCACUUGUUUUGCAUUAAAGACACCAAACAUUCGCAAAACCUUAUCAUCAUAGCAUUCACAAAACCUUAUCAUCAUAGCAUUCACUCUCCCACACUUCCCAAAUUCUCUUGCAACAUAAAAUGAAGCGCUCUGACUCUCGCUCACCCUACACUUCCACUGUCACCACCACCACUACCCUUUUCAUCCUCUUCAUCUUCACAACACUACACCACAACGCCAACGGUGCCACAUGUCAUGCGGACGAUGAAGCGGGCCUAUUGGGCUUCAAAUCCGGCAUCAAAUCCGACCCAUCAGGCCUGCUCAAGUCAUGGAUACCAGGUACAUACUGUUGCAAUUGGACAGGCGUAGAAUGCCACUUCAACAGCACCCGGGUCAUGAACCUUUAUCUACAGGGUCAAACCAACAGCAAACCCGCAUCCAUAUUAUCGGGUACCAUCUCACCCACCCUCUCAAAAAUCCAACUCCUUACUGGACUCUACCUUUUCGACCUCAAAAACAUUUCGGGUCCUUUCCCAAUUUUCCUCUCCAAACUACCGAGCCUUAAAUACAUUUACAUCGAGAACAACCAACUCUCGGGUCGAAUACCCGAGUCCAUCGGCAACAUGACCCAAUUAGACGUACUCAGUUUAGCGGGUAACCGGUUCACCGGCCCAAUACCGAGUUCAAUUUCCGAGUUGACUCAGUUAACUCAGCUCAAACUCGGUGACAACUUACUCAGCGGAACAAUUCCUCAGUCCAUAAGCAAGCUUGUUAACUUAACGUACCUGAGUCUCCAGGGGAACAAUCUAGAAGGUGCCGUACCUGAUUUUUUCUCGCCGUUCACGGACCUUAGAAUUCUCGAACUUUCUCGGAACAAAUUUUCCGGGAAAAUCCCAAACUCAAUUUCUACCUUGGCGCCAAAGCUGACCUACCUUGAGCUCGGGCACAACUCACUUUCCGGGAAAAUUCCUGAUUUUCUCGGAAAGUUCAGAGCGCUGGACACGCUGGACCUCUCGUGGAACAAGUUUUCGGGGACGGUGCCGGCUAGUUUCAAGAACUUGACGAAGAUCUUCAACCUGGAUCUCUCCAACAACCUCCUCGUUGAUCCGUUUCCCGAGAUGAACGUGAAAGGCAUCGAAUCGUUGGAUUUGUCGAACAACAUGUUCCAUUUGGGGGAAAUUCCGAAGUGGGUGGCUUCGUCUCCGAUAAUAUUCUCUCUGAAGCUUGCGAAUUGUGGGAUCAAGAUGAGGCUCGAUGAUUUCAAGCCUUCGGAGACGUAUUUCUACGACUUCAUUGAUCUUUCGGGGAACGAGAUUUCGGGAAGCGCGUUAGCAUUGCUUAAUAGUACGGAGUAUUUGGUGGGGUUUUGGGGUUCGGGGAACAAGUUGAAGUUCGAUUUGGGGGGUUUAAGGUUGGGGCAGAGGUUCAAGUAUUUGGAUUUGUCGCGUAAUGAGGUGUUUGGAAAGGUUCCGAAUAGUGUUGUCGGGCUUGAGAAGUUGAACGUAAGUUAUAACCAUCUUUGUGGUCAGCUUCCAAAGACUAAGUUCCCCGCCAGUGCCUUUGUUGGAAAUGAUUGUCUCUGUGGUUCUCCUUUGCAACCUUGCAAAAAAAGCCUAGUUAUAUAAGCUUCAAGCUUUCUUCUUUGUUUUUGCCGUUUGCUUGCAGCGUCUCCUCCAAGUUUGGGCGAAGAAUAAUAACAAUAAUGGAGUAAAUCCUUGAGUUUAUUAUUGAGA